UGCUCUCUCCUAAGGCAAAAAAAAAAACUCUCUAGCAAUAGACACCAAACUGAGCAUGUGCAGAAUGUCUGCACACGAUAUGUCUUAUCAGGAGAUAAGAGGGUGAUGCUGGAAGAAGGGGAGGAUCAGAGAAGACAAGAUCAAACAGCGUUUUUACACAAUGCAGAUUAACCCCUUAGGUUCCAUAGUGAGUAUAUCAAGCAUGCUUUACUGCAGGGGUGGACUGACAACUCAUGGGGCCCCCGGGCAAUAGGGGAUCAUGGGGUCCCUGUGUCCUUGCCCAAGCUCAAAAGAGCCUAU